AUGGAGGACUCAGGUACAAGCCACCCCAAUGCGGAAGACUUCUGGAAACAGAACAUGUCGCAAUUUGAAUCCUGCUUCUUGAGUCACCUGGCCGGCACCGCUUCCUCUUCUGACUGCCCUGCGAACGGUCCUGUGAAAGGGACUGUCGAGUGCCGUAUCUCGGAUUCAACCCUUCAUUUCUUCCAGCAGGCCUCGAAAACUUCUGCGUUGACAACUUUGCAGACAGCCUGGGCUACUGUUUUGGGACAGUAUCUAGCGGCCAACUCAGCAACUUUCAUGAGUGUGAGCGUCGGUAGUAAUGGGCCGUUGCAAAGCAAUAUUUGCCAUGUCGAAUGGGAUGAAAAGACUACCACUGGUGAACUGACAAAAAGCUUGGAAAACUGGCACAAGCAGUCCCUGCCAUACCAGGAUAAAGGGCUCUCUUCGUUCGCACAUCCAACACCAGUCUGCGACACUGCUGUGCAGGUCUCUUUCAAAACUUCUACCCCUUUGGAAGGCUUCGCUAAGCAGACACUGGAUAAAUGUCUUAUUGUUGUGAGCCUCUCCAUUAAUGAGGACAACGUAAAACUUAUCCUCGAAUAUUCUUCGUUGUCCAUAGCCUCUGCGCAGGUAAAAAGUCUAUCCGGUUCCCUGGAAAAGGGGCUCGAAAUUGCGGUGUCAAAGUCAUCGCAUCCGGUCUCAUUGCUAGAUCUCUGCUCAGAGGAUGGUCUACAGCAACUAUUCAAUAUGAAUGCGACGAUCCCUGAUACUAUCUAUGAUUGUGUUCAUACCCUCCUUGAGCAGCAGGUUGCUACUCAACCUCAUUCUCUUGCUGUUAUCGGACACGGUGGCAACAUGACAUAUCAACAAUUGAAUGAACGGGCCAAUCGCUUAUCUAUCGUUCUUCAAGAUUUAGGGGUUGGGCCUGAAGUAUAUGUACCAUUUUGUUUUCCGAAGUCUACUUUUGCCAUCGUGGCGAUGUUGGCAACCCUUAAAGCAGGGGGUGCAUGCGUUGCCCUAAAUCCAUCGCACCCGAUCAGCCGCUUGGAAGGAAUUUUACGGAAAACCGAGGCCAAAGUCGUGUUGACAGAUGAAUCGCACAGCACUCUGUUCUCUGGAAUCGUUGCUAACAUCGUUACUGUGACACCAGAAUCGUUGGAUGGCGAAGUCAUUAAUGGGCUCAGGACUAAAUUUACGGCCUCGGCCAAAUCCCUGGCUUCCCCGGAAAACCCAGCUUUUGUUGUUUUCACAUCUGGAAGCACUGGUGAACCUAAGGGAAUUGUUCUUGAGCACCGUGCCCUUUGUACAAGUAUGAAGCACCACGGAGCUACGAUGCGUCUUAAUUCACAAUCUCGAUCCCUUCAAUUCGCCGCUUAUACGUUCGACGUCAGCAUUGGAGAGAUAUUCACAACGCUACUGCAUGGAGGCUGUGUCUGCGUUCCAUCAGAUGAAGAGAGACUUACUGACCUUGCGGGCGUCAUUGGCCGAUUGAGAGUCAAUUGGGCGUACCUGACACCCACCGUUGCAAGCUUGCUUGACCCGCGAGACGUCCCAACCUUGAAAACGCUGUCACUGGGAGGCGAGGCAGUUAAGCAAGAAAAUAUUGAGACGUGGGCAGACCAUGUUUAUCUCAUCAACAUCUAUGGUCCAGCCGAAACUACAAUUUGGUCAACUGGUCUAACCGAUCUCAACGCCAAAACACCAGCUACAAACCUCGGUUUCGGACUGGGCGCCCUCAUGUGGGUGGCAAAUCCACAAAAUCACAACAUACUAUGCCCCAUGGGUGCUAUUGGAGAAAUUCUAAUAGAAGGCCCGAUUUUAGCUCGAGGUUAUUUGAAAGACAAAACAAAAACAGACGUGGCCUUCAUCGAGGACCCAGCCUGGCUUCCGAAAGGCCACCGGCCUCGUCGACUUUACCGGUCCGCAGAUCUAGGCUUUAUGAGUCCCGAUGGCACCUUAAGCUUUGUUGGCCGCCGCGAUAAUCAGGUUAAGAUGUAUGGUCAACGAAUUGAGAUGGGUGAGAUCGAAUUUCACCUCAAGCACACGUCCUCCGAAAUCCAGUCAUGUGCUGUUGAGAUGAUUCGACCAAAGGCACACAAUGAACUUCCGUCCUUGGCUGCAUUUAUUUGUUCCAAGUCCAGUGCUCACAAUUAUAAGCAAGAUAACGAUCUUACACUUCCUAUUACGACGGAAAUGAGACACAAUCUUAUGGCUUUAAAAGAUCUUCUAGCUCAAAGCCUGCCAUCUUACAUGGUACCGUCUUUGUUCGUUCCUUUGAUACGCAUGCCGACAUCAGUAUCUGGAAAGCUGGACCGCCGAAGCCUUCGCGAACUAGGUUCAAAUUUCACAGCACCACAGAUUUCCACAUACGCACUUUCAAGCUCUAAGAAGGAAGCACCGGUGACAGCGGACGAAAAGAUUCUGCAUUUGCUAUGGGCCCAAGUCUUAGGUCUACCUGGAAAUUCAAUUGGCAGGCUUGACAGCUUUUUCCAGCUUGGGGGUGACUCGAUAUCUGCCAUGAAACUUAUAAAGACUGCCCGUCAAUCCGAAAGAAUUUUGACAAUGUCAAGUAUAUUUCACAACCCGACCUUGGUCGAAAUGGCUAAAUUGCUUCAUGUGGCUUCACAUUUAACUCCACUUGGCAAUAUACAGCCAUUCUCCUUAUUGAAUACUUCUCCAACUACCAGCAUUGUGGAAAGUAUUUCUAGGAAGUGGAAUAUCCCAUACUCAGAGAUUCAAGAUAUUUACCCAUGUACUCCACUUCAGGAAGGCCUCAUGGCUAUCACUCAGAGACGGCCAGGCACAUAUAUAUACCAAAAUGUCUUCGACCUCCCGCCAAGCAUUGAUACCGCGAAAUUUCGUACUUCGUGGGAAACUGCAGUGCAGACUAUUGAAAUACUUCGCGUAACCAUUGUUCCUGGAGAUGGUGCCGGAGCUUAUCAAGUCGUCAAGAACUCUGGUAUUGAAUGGGAGACCCCAAGGGAUAUCAGCGAAUACUUGAGAAGCGAUUUAGCCAAAACCAUGCAGUAUGGUGACUCGUUGGCCCGAUAUGCAGUUACCGAGGGAGGAGAUCAAGGAUCGACUUUUAUCUGGACAGCUCAUCAUGCACUCUAUGAUGGAUGGUCACUGCCACUAAUUCUACAGCGCGUGGAACAGAUUUACAAAUCUGGCCAGCCACCACAGGAUUUGAAAUCAGUCCCAUUCCAACAAUUUAUCUCUUACCUGCAAAGUUCCGAUACUGUUUCUUCGGAAAGUUUCUGGAAAGAGCAACUCCUGGGUGUCUCCCCUCCUAAAUUCCCCCAUUUACCUACGGUUGCGUACGAACCACGAGUCAAUGAAAUACACCACCACGAAUUGGCUCUUCCUCAACCAUCAGCCACGGGAGUGACAAACUCCUCAUUGAUUCGAGCAGCAUGGUCGCUCUUGAUGAGCCAAUAUUCCGACGCCGGGGAUGAUAUUGUAUUCGGUGUUACAACUGCUGGACGCAGCGCAGAUGUUCCCGGAAUUAUAGACAUGAUUGCCCCAACAAUCGCCACAGUGCCGGUGCGAGUGCAUAUUGAUAGGGAGCAAACGGUCACUCAAUUUCUCAACAUGGUUCAAUCACAAACCGUUGAAAUGAUUCCAUUUGAGCAUAUUGGGCUGCAAAAUAUCGCCAAAAUAAACCGUGACUGCCGUGCGGCUUGCGGGUUCCAGAAUCUACUGGUGGUCCAACCAGAGGAAGACGAUAACCUGAAGAGCACCCUGGGAAUUCGUCAAAGAACCGACCCCGCUGUUGGCAUUCACACAUAUGCAUUAGUCGUCCAAGCCAUGCUCAGGACCGAUGCUAUCAAGCUCCAAAUUGACUUUGACAAUAAAGUGCUGUCAUCCUGGCAAGUUCAGCGUAUUUGCUACCAGCUGGAUCAUAUAAUUCAUCAACUUUGCUUGAAUAUAUCAACGCAGCUUGACCAGCUUAGGUUCUGCAGCGAGCAGGAUAUGACACAGCUCAUGGAUUGGAACCGUAACUUUCCUUACGUCGAAACACGAACCGUACAUCAAAUCAUCGAGUCCCAGGCUUAUCUCACGCCAGAUGCUGAAGCCAUCUGCUCUUGGGAUGGAAAUUUCACGUAUAAAGAAGUCGAUCAGCUGUCAAAUCGACUUGCUCGUUAUUUGGUGGAACUAGGAGUCGGGCCUGAAAUUAUGGUCCCAUAUUGCUUCAAUAAGUCAGCAUGGACUGUAAUAGUCAUGUUGGCAAUAGUCAAAGCCGGCGGUGCAUGCGUUGCUUUGGACCCUGGACAUCCCAUUGACCGCAUGGAAGCAAUCAUCACCAAUUCCAGUGCGCAACUUGUUAUUACAACCCCUGAACAUUGUCAUCGAUUUGAAAACUUGGUCCCGCGAGUAAUAAGCUUCACCCCAGAAAUAUUCGCUACCAUAACAAAGGAUGAUGGAUCCGUGCCUUCAAGGUCAACUUUACGCAACCCGAUAUUUGUUCUGUUUACAUCUGGCAGUACAGGAAAGCCGAAGGGAAUUGUGAUUGAGCAUGGAAUGUUUGCCUCCAGUGCAGCUGCCCACAGUGAGGCCUUUGGAAUCACAUCACAAUCUCGUGUCUUCCAAUUUGCCGCCUAUACAUUCGAUGUUAGCGUCGGUGAUAUCUUCACAUCUUUAAUGCGUGGAGCAUGCAUUUGUGUGCCAUCUGAUGCUGAGCGGAUGAAUAAUAUUUCUGGUGCUAUCAACCGAAUGAAGGCAAAUUACAGCUUUCUAACUCCUACGGUUGCCAACUUACUCAGCCCUGCCGAGGUGCCGACGCUGAAGGGCCUAACCCUAGGUGGUGAAGCCUCCACUUAUGAGAAUAUUCGAACAUGGGCCGAACAUCUGGACCUUAUUGUCUGUUACGGACCUGCUGAGUGCUCAGUAUAUUGCUCAGCAAAUCCACCCGCGACGCUGCAAAGCAAUCCCGCUAUUCUUGGGAAGGCCGUAGGAGCUCUUAUUUGGCUUGUGGAUCCACAAAAUCACAACAGACUGAGUCCGAUAGGCUGUGUCGGCGAGCUCGUUGUUCAGGGUCCAACGGUUGCCAGAGGCUAUCUCAACGACCCCGAGAAAACCGCCGCUUCAUUUGUCGACAGCCCAGCGUGGCUACCUAAGGGGUUUUCGGAAAAUCACCGUCGAAUUUACAAGACAGGAGACCUUGCACGCUACAACCCCGACGGAUCUCUAAGCUUUGUGGCACGUAAAGACACGCAAGUCAAAGUGCGCGGUCAGCGAGUUGAAUUGGCAGAAAUUGAAGUUCAUCUUUCGCAUAGUCCGGAGAUCAAACAUGCGAUGUUAUCGGUUCCGACAGAAGGUAGCUACAAAGGGCGCCUUGUGUGUAUCUUAUCUUUCCAAGGUCUGUCUCCUACAGCAGGGGACCUCAGCGAAAGCGAAAUUCAGCUAGUAGAUGAUUCAGACAAGGAAAAAGCAGCAGAUUUGAUAUCAACUAUCCAAGAAAGACUCACAGAGAAGCUCCCUCCUUACAUGAUCCCAGCCGUAUGGGUUGUGAUGAAAAACAUUGUCUUAAAUGCUUCAGGAAAGAUGGAUCGCAAACGUGUCAAGGGCUGGUUGGAAGAUGUUGAUGAGUUCAGCUACCGCUUUAUUGCUGAUAUCGCCAACGCCAGAGUUGCGGCAGAUCGACCUACAACUGACGUUGAGAAAAAGAUUCAGCUGGCGUUCAGCAACACCUUGAACCUUUCAAUUGAUAAUAUUGGCCUCGAAACAUCUUUCCUCGUUCUGGGUGGCGAUUCUAUUUCCGCCAUGCAGGUCAUGUCCCGCCUACGCUCUGAGAAUGUCAUUGUUGGUGUACAGGACAUAUUAAGGCAUAAAACCACAUCUGCUAUCGCAAAGCGCGCCCAGGUUGAUAAAACGCCCCUCAAACGCGAUAUUGGGGCCAAACCAGAAAUUCUGGAAGAGUAUUUUGAACUGGCUCCAAUUCAAAAACUCUUCUUCGAAAUGCAACCGCUCGGACAAAACCACUUCAAUCAGAGCUUUGUUUUGAAGUUAGCACAUGAUAUAUCCACCACUACCCUGGAAAAUGCCCUUAAAGCUAUUUUACAGCGUCACUCCAUGCUUCGCUCCCGAUAUACCAAUAUCGAUGGAGUAUGGCGUCAAAAGAUAACGGCAGAUAUUGACGGGUCUCUUCUACUCGCUCCUACUCAACGAUUCUCAAGUCGUGAACUCAUGCUCGAGGAGUUUGCCAGACUCCAAAGGUCACUUGAUAUUGAGAAGGGGCCCGUUCUUGUCGCAGAAAAGUGUUGCGUAGCGGACAAAAAUUACCUUUUCAUCGCUAUACAUCAUCUUGCUGUGGAUCUUGUCUCGUGGCGAAUAAUUAUUCAGGACCUCGAAGAUAUUAUUGUUUUCGGUAAAUUCACCUAUCAGCCGUCGAUCAGCUUUCAAACAUGGGCAAAUAUGCAACGUGAAUAUGCUUCAAGCUCGUUAACUGAAAAUUUCACUGCUGUUAAUGUCUAUCCCGCGGACUUCGCAUACUGGGAUAUGGCAGUGGGGAAGUCAAAUACCUGGGGUGAUAUCACUGAAUCCUCAUUUACUCUAGAUGAGAAAACUACGGCCCUCUUGUUAAGUGACUGUCACCGUGCGCUUAGGACUCAACCCAUCGAUGUGAUGAUUUCCGCUUUGAUUUUCUCUUUCCAAAAAGCCUUCGCAGAUAGGAAGGUUCCAUCAGUAUUUCUAGAGGGACAUGGUCGUGAGCCGUGGACUUCUGAUGUUGAUAUUUCUCGAACUGUGGGAUGGUUUACAACCAUGUACCCCGUGAGCGUCGAGACCAAUACGACUACACCGAAGUGGUUGGAUACCGUUAAGCGGGUUAAAGAUAACCGCCAGAGCGUUCCUAACAACGGAUGGCCAUAUUUUACUUCACGGUUGCUGAAGACUAGUUCGUCUCAACCUGUUGAUGACUCCAAAAUCGAGAUCCUUUUCAACUAUUCCGGUCUCUAUCAGCAACUCCACAGAUCCGACGCACUCCUUCAAGAUACUGGCAUAUCUGGCACCCAGUGUGGCGAAAUCAGCCCAGUAAUGGAACGCUACUCUUUGUUUGAAAUCACCGCAUCUGUUGUUGAUCAAGGAAAAAUGAAAUUUUCUUUUGAAUAUAACAAAAACAUGACCCAUCAAGUGAAAAUUGAUUCGUGGAUCAAAUUAUGUGGUCAAAUUCUUGGAUCCGGUAUCAACCAGCUCCUGACAGAACAUGAGACCGCUACACUCACAGACUUCCCAAUGCUACCAUUAUCUUCAUACUCUGAGCUCGACAAGUUAACUGGAACAGUAUUACCAGCUGCAGGGGUCCAGAGCCUCGAUCAGGUGGAAACUAUCUGUCCGUGCUCACCUAUGCAAUUGAGUAUCCUAUUCGCUCAACUGAACUCUCCGGGUGACUAUGAGUUCUACACUAUCCUUGAAGCCAGUUGUUCUUUAGACACUGAAAAAUUCGAUGCACAGAAGUUACUGGAAAGCUGGCAGCAGGUUAUAGAUCGCCAUUCCGCCUUGAGAACAAUUUUUAUUCAAAGCGUUGUUAAUGGUGGGUCAUACGACCAGCUUGUUUUGAAGCAUAUACCAGCUCUGGUAUCUGAAAUAUACAGCGACGACCCAGUGGAACAUUUACGAAACAGGACGCCUGUCACUAUAUUCGACGGCAAGGUUGCACAUCAACUCACAAUCUGCCACACUAGCAUUGGUCGCGUGUUUUGCAAACUGGAACUAAACCAUGCCCUCAUUGAUGGGACCUCUAUGGCUAUUAUAUUGAGAGAUCUAAAAAGGGCAUAUAGCGGCAAACUUGAAGCGACCAUGCCAGCGCUUCCAUACUCUGACUUCGUAGCAUAUUUGCAACAAGGUAGGAAGCAGGAGUCAAUUGAUUAUUGGAGGAAUCAUCUGCAAGGCGUCCAGCCAUGCCGAUUCCCUGUCCUUGACGAUGGUCGAACACGGGCUUCCGCUCUUCAGUCUGUGGAUGUUCAACUCCCUAGCCUGACUCGAGAUCUUCUCGUCACUUUCUCGGACCAAUAUGGGCUCACUGUUGCUAAUGUUAUUCAAAUGGCAUGGGCAUUAGUUCUACGUAUAUUUACUGGAACUGACUCUGUGUGUUAUGGUUAUUUAACUUCCGGUCGAGAUGCUCCACUAAGUGAUAUCGAAAACGCCGUCGGUCCUUAUAUCCACAUGUUGGUCUGCCGUCAAAUUUUUGAGGCGAAUGACUCUACAUUGAAGGCCUUAAAAAUUAUGCAGGAAGACUUCUUGCAAGGGAUGCCCCAUCAAUAUGUAUCUCUUAGUGAGAUCCAAAGCGCCCUCGGACUUACCGGCCAGAAGCUGUUCAAUACUGCCAUGUCGUUCCAGCGAUAUCCAAAGACAGAAAAAGAGACUCUUUCUCUAGAAGCAGUUUACGAUUUUGAUCCAACUGAGUUUGAUAUAACCGUCAAUGUUGCAACGAGCGAUGAUGACGGGCUCAGAGUUGAUCUUACCUAUUGGACAUCGAAACUGUCUCCUGAUAAUGCGACAAAUGUUGCACACACUCUUAGCACCAUCAUUUCUUCUUUGUUCGCAAACCCCGAAACUUUGAUCUCAGAGGUUAACUCUCUCAGCAAACAAGAUAAACAUCAUCUCCGAAAGUGGAACUCUAAUAUUCCCACUGCUAUUGAUCGCUGCAUGCACGAUGUCAUCAGUCAGAGAGCGCAAGAACGCCCAGAUGCUCCCGCUCUCGAAUCAUGGGAAGCGAUACUUACUUACGAUCAGCUAGAUAAAGCAUCAACUCGUCUCGCGGGACUUUUUGCUUCAUUUGGUAUCCAACCUGACGAUUGCAUACCAUUAUGCUUUGAGAAAUCCAUAUACACAAUAGUUUCUAUGGUCGCUGUUCUCAAAGCAGGCGGGGCUUUUGUACUGCUUGAUCCGAAAUUCCCUGAUAGUCGCCUUAACGGUAUCCUGGGUGACAUCAACGCAAGAUUUAUAAUUGCAUCUCCACAAACCGAGGGCCGGUGUAAGCACCUGUUGGAGCAAGUCGUUGUGGUCUCACCUACAAUAAUCGACAGCCUUCCGGAUCAUAUCAUUUCAAAAAUCAAUCUAGCCAGCCCCGAUAACAUAAUGUAUGUUCAAUUCACAUCUGGCAGCACAGGCAAACCAAAAGGAGCAGUUGUGCAUCAUCGGGCUGCAUGCUCCUCUAUCGAGUACCACGGAAAAGUCAUGCGAUAUGGCCCAAAUUCAAGAGCUUACCAAUUUUCCUCCUACACCUUUGAUGCUAUCAUCUUGGAGGCGUUCACAACGUUGUAUCACGGCGGCUGUGUUUGUGUGCCCUCUGAAGAGGCUCGAAUGAGCAGGAUGGUUGAGUCAAUGAGAGAACUCAACGUCAAUAUUAUGUUUAUGACACCCACUCUAGCUCGUCUUUUCAAGCCUGAAGAUGUUCCCUCUUUAGAAACAUUGAUGUUAGGCGGUGAGCCUAUCUCUCAGGAUUGUAUCCAGACAUGGGGCGAUAAAGUCCACUUAAUUGGUGGGUAUGGGCCCGCUGAGUGCUGUGUAUACUGCUGCUACAACCCACUCAGUGAAACAAAGCUCCGACCCGAGGUCAUUGGCUAUCAAGUCGGCUCUGCGCUAUGGAUCGUUGACGCUGAAAAUCACAACAAGCUUCUGUCCGUCGGUGCUGUUGGUGAGCUAAUUAUCCAGGGUCCAAUUGUUGGUCGAUGUUAUUUGAAUGAUGAAGUUCGAACAAAAGCAACUUACAUCCCCAGCCCGCCAUGGAUGCAAGAAUAUCACCCGGGGGAACAUCAACUUUAUAAAACCGGAGAUUUGGCCCGUCAUAACUCCGAUGGCACACUGACGAUAAUCGGCCGAAAAGAUAGCCAAGUCAAAGUCCGGGGCCAACGUGUCGAGCUUGGGGAGAUUGAACACAGUCUGAAAGCGUCCCCAGAAGUUAUCCAGGCGUCUGUUGUUUUCCCUAAGACCGGUCCGAGUAAAGAUCGGUUAGUUGCCGUGAUGACUUUGCUCAAUAUUGCGGAUAAAACAUCCAAACUUGGGGAGUUACGAUUGCUCACGGGAGAGGUGAAAGAGCGGGCCCGGCACAUCAUCACAUCUCUUCGAAAGGAUCUAGAAGAAAAACUCCCUUUUUACAUGGUUCCUUCCAUUCUUGUCGCUGUCGAAAAGCUACCUCUGCAGGCAUCGGGUAAGACAGAUACACGCUCGGUGAAGAGUUGGGUCGAAAAGUUGGACGAGGAGACGUAUCAUCAGAUCUUGGAUAUAGAGGACUCGGCAGGUCCUAUUGAACCUAGCAACGAAGUCGAGGCUGCAAUUCAGCUGACAUUUGCAAGCAUCUUGGGUCUGCAACAAAAGCAAGUAAUGCUUGAUAGGUCUUUUAUCAGCCUUGGCGGAGAUUCCAUUUCGGCUAUGAAAGUCAUGGCUACUUUACAGAAGGCCGAAAUACCAUUAACUAUCAAAGACAUUUUGCGAGGUGGAUCAAUCUCAAAGAUUGCACAGGCUUUUACUCAGGGUCAAAACCAUAAUGGGCCCAGAAUUGAACGAGGCAGUGAAUGGUUUGGACUCUCUCCGAUUCAAUCGGCAUUGAUGAGUCAAUUCUCCGGGCCCGGUGCUAGCAGCAAUAUAACGGAUGCUAUUCAUACCUUUACCGACAACAUGAUGGUGUCAUUGAAAAUAAGGGUAGAAGAAUCUGAAAUACGGACGGCAUUCAAUAACCUUGCAACACGCCACGCCAUACUCCGCACACGCUUCAACAUCAAGCCUCGAGGACAAUUGGCACAGACUAUAUCUCCCAAUGCCAUGAACAGCAUUAUAUUUGACAUAACUCAUGAAUUUGAUGGGUCAGACAUUACUUCAAUUGUGUCGUCCACCACAAAGAAGGUCAAUAUCUUUGCCGGUCCAGUUUUUGGGGCUCAUUUGAUCUUCCGUAAAAAUCACGCGACCUUGCUAUUCCUUGUGGCACACCGACUCAUUGUUGAUUCCACAUCAUGGACCGUUAUUUUAGAAGAUCUUGAAAGGUAUCUAAGAGGUGAAACUCCCCCAGAGGUGUCCAACCCUGUCCGGGAGUUGUACAAUGCUCAAGCGACUCUUCUUGCUCCAGAUCUUGAGCCACAAUCUGUUAUUGGGCUCCCAGAGACGCCAUACGGAAAUAAUACAGCUGAUCCUCUCCCUGGGAAAUAUGCGAAACGUGAAUCAUUCAUUGUCACUCCUGCUGCCACGGAAGCCCUUCUCGGGCCGGCCAACUCGGCGUUUGGAACAGAUGCAGUAGACCUGUUCUUGUCCGCUUUGUUGGCUUCUUUCGGAAUUAUUUUCCCGGAGCGCAACCUUCCCUCUACUCUGACAGAAAACCAUCGACGUUCCUUUUCCAAAGAGGGCGGCUACCCAUCUCUUGUGGGAGCUUUCACCGUUCCAUACACUUUCGUUUCCUUAGAGAACCGCAAAAUGGAGGUUUUUGAUAUCAUUAGGCAAGUGAAAGACUACAGUCGCCACCAUAUCCGCGAGCCUCGAAAUCAGAUCUCUCCAACAAAUUCUUAUUCAGUACCUGAAAUUGUUUUGAAAUAUUUGCCAGAUACCGACAAAUCGGUCUAUGACAGGUCUCUGUUUACAAGGGAGCGAUUUUCUACCGGACUCUCUAAAUCAGAUAUUCUUCCUCCUGGUAUCAUCGUGAUAGAUAUUCAGGCAAUUUCCAAAACUCUUGAGGUAGCAUUUUACUACGAUGAUGGCAACAGUCAGAGGGAGCGUAUCUCUCAAUGGGCCAGCGCUUUUCAGGAUCAACUUCAGCACCUCGCUGAUAAAUUAAUAUCCGCUUCACUCACUAAGACGCUUUCUGAUUACCCCUUGCUUCCGAUGACAUACGACGAUCUUGAUAUGCUAUUGCACAACAGAUUACCGGAGAUAGGGCUGGACCUAGGAAACAUCGAGGAUAUCUAUCCGUGCUCACCACUUCAAGAAGGCUUACUUCUCGCUCAAACAAAGGGCACAGGUAGCUAUAACACGUACAUAUACCGAGAAGUAACUCCUCGUGAUGGAUCUUCUGGCGAAAUUAGCAUUGAGCGUCUUGUCACUGCCUGGAAGACCGUUGUCAACCGGCAUCAGAUUUUGCGAACGAUCUUCAUACAGGGUGUGAAUGAGGCGGCUACUUUCGCUCAGGUAGUCUUACAUCAUGUGGACGUUACACCUCUUGUUUUAAGUCAUUCGGAUGGCAUUCGACAGCUCAAAAAGACACCACCCACCGUUUUCCAAAAUGCGGAACCAUGGCACAAUCUUGUAAUUUGUCAAGAUUUUUCUGGAAAGACUUUCUGUCGAAUUGACAUUCACCACACCUUAUUCGAUGCGACGUCUGUGGAAACAUUAUUCAGAGAACUAUCGGAGGCUUAUGAAAGAGAGAAAAUCGCAGGUUCCGCUCCGCUCUACGGUAACUACAUUUCCUAUCUGAAGGCACAGCAACCAGGUGCGGCUCUCUCCUAUUGGAAAGACUUCCUUCAAGGCGCUGAGCCAUGCGACUUUCCAACGAUUAACGAACAAUCCAAUAACCAUCGGGAAACUUUGUCAGUCGAAUUUGAAGUUCCUGGAUUUAGCAACAUUCAGUCACUUUCGUCUCGGAGCAAUGUUACCAUAUCCACCAUUCUGCAAAUUGCCUGGGCCUUAGUUCUCCGCCACUAUACGGGAAACGAAGACAUUUGUUUCGGCUUCCUUUCUAAUGGACGAGACAUUGCGGUACACGAUAUUGACAACCUCAUAGGCCCUUUAAUAAACAUGCUAGUGUGUCGGAUCAAUUUGGGGCCUGAUGCUAAUAUCAACGAUAUCCUCAACAACACUCAAGAUAAUUUCUUGAAUAGUCUAACGCAUCAGCAUUCUUCAUUGGCCGAAAUAUACCAUUCUCUCGGUCUUAACGGCAAGGCAUUAUUCAAUACGUCACUUUCCUUCGUGAAUGACACUUUUGAAGAGGAUUCCAAGAGCCAGCCAGCCAUUGGGUUCAAAAAUGUGGGUGGGCAUGGUUCAACUGAGUACGAUAUAGCAGUCAACGUUGCUGUUUCCAAGGGGACUAUGGAGGUGGUAUUUACCUACUGGUCAUCAGUUCUCUCAGUUCAUCAAGCAAAUCAUGUGGCGGAAGCAUUUAUUAAGUCAAUCAACAACUUGGUAAAUAUGCCGGACCAGACGACUGUGAAACAGAUUGACUUUGCAAGUGAGUUAAUGUAUAAUGAACUGCAAACGUGGCACUCAAAACCUUUGCAUCCCGUUUACGACUGCGUCCACGAUCUUUUCAGACACGCUGCAUCAAGAUAUCCGGAGCAUAUGGCAAUCUGCUCCGUUGAAGGGAACUUCACCUACAAAGAACUGGACAAUUUAACAAACCGCUUUUCAUAUAUGUUGAAAAAGCUAGGUGUUGGUCCUGAGGUUCUGGUGCCUGUAUGCUUUCAGAAGUCACCAUGGACGAUCAUUUCGAUGCUCAGCAUCUUGAAGGCUGGGGGUGCUUGUGUUCCACUUGACCCUUCCCAUCCCGAUAAUCGAAUUCAAGGAGUUGUCUCAAACUGCAAGGCCAAUAUCAUUCUAUCUGCGCCAAGAUAUGCCUCUCGAUUUGCCACAGUGGUCGAGAAAGUUAUUUCAGUCGAUUCCUCGUUUGUUGAAUCCCUUCAGAAGGUAGAUUACAAUUACGAGAAAUCCAACGUCAGUCCAGAAAAUGCCGCGUUUAUCGUUUUCACUUCAGGAAGCACUGGAACUCCAAAAGGAAUCGUCCUCGAGCACAAGGGCCUCUGUACUAUGUUUUUAGCCAAUGCUCCCGUUGUUGGAAUUGGUCCCAGUACACGCACAUUCCAAUAUGCAGCCUACACAUUUGAUGUUAGCAUCGCCGAAACAUAUAUCACGCUAACUCACGGAGGUUGUGUAUGCGUUCCUACUGAAGAAGAACGUAUGAAUGACAUUGAAGGGUCUAUCAGUCGCAUGGAAGUCAACUGGACCUUCCUCACGCCCUCCGUCGCCUCUCUCCUCCACCCGAACGAUGUUCCAACUCUAAAGACAUUAACCCUUGGAGGUGAGGCCAUAGCUCGUGAUCUUCAUAGUCGUUGGGCAAGCCGUGUGCGUCUAAUCAACAGUUAUGGCCCGGCUGAAUGUUCCAUCUGGACUAGCAACAACCAACUAUUUGCCGACAGCUCUUGCGGAGACAUUGGCGAUGGUGUUAACUGCCACUUGUGGGUUACUGAGCCCAAUGAUCACAAUAAGCUUGUUCCCAUUGGCUGUGUGGGAGAGCUUGUUGUACAAGGGCCUAACCUAGCCCGGGGGUAUCUAAACGAUAGGGAAAAAACCGAUGCUGCAUACAUCGAUAGCCCUUCGUGGCUCCGAGGCAGUAACACGGUCCGCGAAGGAGAACAUCGAGUUUAUAAGACCGGAGAUCUAGUGCGUCAACGGGCAGAUGGAAAUAUGGAGUUUGUUGGGCGCAAAGACACUCAGGUAAAAUUCCACGGGCAGAGAAUCGAGAUCGGAGAGGUAGAGUAUCAACUACGUGCUCGACUUCCAUCCAAUGCCGAGGUUGCUAUGGAAAUGAUCAAGCCAUCGAGCCAGAACAGCCGUCAAAUACUAGCUGCGUUUAUUUGUGUUGGCAAUGAGGAAAAUCAAAAUACGACUAUCACGACUCUCGUCAACGCGUCAACAUCCACAGACGAAGGUGACUUCUUGCAAGAACCAACAGACAAAUUCAAAGAGAUUAUCAGCACUUUGGAAGUCUCACUUUCUGAGUCGUUGCCCGUCUAUAUGAUUCCGUCUCUAUUUGUCAACGUGAGAUGGAUUCCGAAGAACACAUCCAUGAAAAUUGAUCGAAAAGCGCUACGCCUAAGGGGAGAGGCUCUUUCAAUCGAAGAAAUAUCAUCUUACUCGUUCGUGUCUGGAGAGAAAUCAGCACCUACAACACCGGCAGAAACGAAGCUACAUCAACUGUGGACCGAGGUUUUGAAACUCUCUGGCAGUGCUAUUGGUAUCGAUGAUAACUUCUUCCGUGUGGGUGGCGACUCUGUUGCAGCCAUGCAACUCGUCACAGCUGCUCGAAAGGCUGGCCUUUCCUUGUCAGUAAUGGAUAUUUUCCAAAAUACAACUUUACGAGACAUGGCUUUAGCUGCGAAAUUUGACCAAAAGCAAGACUUCUCGGCUGAGCUUAACAUCGAACCUUUCAGCCUACUUCAUGAGUCCGAUGUCGAGAGUAUUGUCGAGGCCAACGCCAAAAGAUUGCAUCUCACUCGCGAGCAAGUUCAGGACAUCUACCCUUGCACACCACUUCAAGAAGGGCUCAUGUCUCUUACUAUGAGAGAUCAGGGUCUUUAUACUUUACAAGCUGUAUUUUCGAUUCCGUCCCAAAUACAACUCGAUCGGUUCCGCUCCGCAUGGGAUGAAUUAGUCGAAGAUUUAGAGAUUCUUCGCACUCGCCUUGUUGACUAUGAGCAUCGGGGGAUGUAUCAAGUUGUUAUGAAUCCUGCGGCAGACAAAAUACAAUGGAACUAUGCAAAUAGCCUUCAAGCAUAUUUGCGGGAAGAUCGCAAGGUGCCUUUCGAUUACGGAAAGCCUUUGGCACGCUACGCAAUAGUAACAGAAGAAUCCUCUUCUUACUUCGUGUGGACCGCUCAUCACUCUAUUUACGACGGCUGGUCUUUGACAAUGAUGCUUGAUCUUCUGAGCAAAAAGUACAACCAGGACCAAUCCCCCAAAAGACCUCCCUUUAAGAAUUUUAUAAAGUGGAUGAUGGGACUGAAUGAAGCAGCCACUAGAGACUUCUGGAUGUCAACUUUCUCUAACAGUACAGCUCCAUCGUUUCCAUCUAUGCCUCGCGGUUAUAGACCAAAAGCAACGGAAAUCGUGACAAAGUCAAUCAGAAUUCCGCAGAGAUCGAAUACAGCGAUAACCUUGCCCACUAUCAUACGCACGGCAUGGGCUUUGAAUGUUUCUCGUUAUACAGGCUCUGAUGAUGUCGUUUUUGGAAUGACUCAAAGCGGACGCAACGCUCCUGUUCCAGGCGUUACCGAUAUCGUUGCACCUUUAAUCACGACCGUGCCAGUCCGGGUGACAUUCGACAAACAGCAAUCGAUUGACGCACUUCUAAAAGAAGUUCAGAAGGCGUCGAUCGAAAUGAUUCCGCAUGAGCACGCAGGUCUUCAAAACAUCAGUAGAUUCAGCCUACAAUGUCAAACGGCAUGCAAAUUUCAAAAUCUUCUGGUCAUUCAACCGCAUCAAGAGACUGGAACGGAUCCUCUUAAUAUGGAACAAAUUCCAGUUACUGAUCUUGACAUCCCUGCGUUCGCCAUUGUUAUUGAAUGCGAUAUAUUAGAUGGGGAAAUCAUGGUGAGGGCCGGCUACGACCCAGACAUUGUUUCACCGGCCCAGAUGAGCAAUAUACUCUCACAAUUCGGCCAUAUCACAACGAUACUAUGUCAAGAAACAAAUGGUACUGGGAAUAAUUUGAGAAGCCUACCGUUGCUCGCCGAGAAUGAUCAACGACAAUUGCAAUCAUGGAAUCAGUCACAUGACGAACGUGUCGAUAGAUGCGCCCAUGACAUGAUUCGCGAGCGAGUAUUGACUCAGCCCGAUGCGCUUGCAAUUGAUGCGCCAGAUGGAAAAUUUACUUACAAACAGCUUGAUGAUCUUUCAACUCAAUUGGCUUAUUUGCUCGUCGAGACUGGAGUUGGAGCAGAUGACAUUGUGCCUCUAUUCUUCGAUAAAUCCGCUUGGGCUAUCGUUUCUAUACUUGGGGUCAUGAAGAGCGGUGCAGCAUUCGUUUUCUUAGACCCAAGUCAUCCCCUGGACAGACUUGAGUAUAUUACCCAGUCUAUUAAGGCAAGAUUUGUCAUAACAAGUCCAAAACUUAAGAAAGCGUGGAAACUCGAUCUCCCGGCUAUCACAGUCUCGUCGUCAUUUUUCAGCUCACGUCCUCACCAUUCUUCCAACCCUAUUACCAAUGUGACGCCUCGCAGUACUCUUUACGUCAUUUUUACGUCUGGAAGCACUGGGAGACCUAAAGGCUGUGUUAUUGAGCAUUCGUCUUUCCUCACAGGCGCUUUCCACCACGGUCAAUGCUCCAAUCUCACGCCGAAGAGCCGUGUGUUGCAGAUGGCACCUUACACAUUUGAUGUCAGCAUAUUGGAGACACUUACUGGACUACUCUUCGGGUCUUGCAUCUGUCUACCAGGAGAUAGGCAUAAAGGGGUGUCCGUUGCUGAAGUAAUUAAUGACCUAAACAUCACAUGGAGCUUCUUAACACCAUCGGUGGCGCGCACCAUUUCUCCGAAAAGUGUUCCCUCACUUGAAGUGCUCAUUCUUGGAGGUGAAUCAUUGUCUCGAAUUGACAUUGAAACCUGGGCUGGCAAACUUCUUCUCAUUAAUGGAUACGGACCCAGCGAAUGCUCGAUUGCCGUGGCUGCCAACAGAGAAAUAACACAAAACACCGACGCCUCAAAUAUCGGUUUUAAGAUGGGCUGCAACUGUUGGGUGGUGUCCUCCGAAGACCAUGAUAUCCUACUACCUAUCGGAGCUGUGGGCGAAUUGCUCGUCGAAGGCUCUAUCCUUUCUCGCGGAUAUCUAAACGAACCAGAGAAAACGGCUGCUGUAUUCAUUGAAAACCCGACAUGGACCCUCUCGCAACAGGGAUACAGUGAAAAUCGUCGUUUUUACAAGACGGGUGACCUGGUCUAUUUCAAUUCUGACGGCACGAUACAUUUCAUUGGAAGGAAAGAUACUCAAGUCAAGUUACGUGGACAGCGUAUUGAGAUCGGCGAAAUCGAGCACCAUGCGAGCGUCUAUCCUGCAGUUAAGCAUGCAAUGGUGGCUCUCCCUCGAUCAGGAAAACUUAAAGACAGUCUUGUCGCAAUUUUCUCUUUGAAAGAACGCACAUUCAACAGCAACGAUAACGAGAGCCCCGACGAUCUACGACCUCUCCAAGGGCCGAGUCUAGAUGACAUCAAUAAGAACCUCCCAGGCCUAAGAAACAGUUUAUCUCAGCGCCUCCCGCCCUAUAUGGUACCUACACAUUUUAUUGGGGUGGAAGAACUCCCUCUACUUCCGUCUGGGAAAAUCGAUCGCACCAAGAUCACUAAGUGGUUGGAGACUAUGAACAACAAGACUCACGAGGUGGUUGCCACCCAAAGUGGAAGCCUAGCUAGUCAUGCAGCUGGCCUAAUUGAAGAAUCAAACGCUAUUGCCAUAGCCAUCUCACAAAAGGUCACGCAUCUACUUGCCGGGACUGAUGAAGAGUACGCGGAGACAAUCCGCAACCGCAAUAUCGGACUAUUACAGGCCGGCAUGAACUCAAUCAGCGUGGUUUCAUUGGCGUCAUUCAUAAAACACGAGUUUGGCGUUAAGAUUCCCAUUGAAGCUCUAAUGAACAGUUCUGCCACUGUCGAGGACGUUGCGUCUCUUAUUGGAAAAGUUGAUGUUCACAAAGAUACGAAGGUCAACGUUCUUGCAGAAGUGGAAUCCGCCUUGGAAGCACUAGAAAGAGAAAUCGUGACCAGCUCUCAAACCGAGACACUCGAUCUUACACCAUCAAAGGGUCACCCGUCUAGAGUCUUUCUUACCGGUGCUACGGGCUUCCUUGGCAGUGUAAUUCUCCAACAGUUGCUGGAUAAUCCUCUUGUCAGUUCGGUUGUUGUCCUUGUUCGUGCCCGCGAUAAGAAACAUGCCCUGGAACGAAUCGUUUCGUCUGCAACACUAGCAAAAUGGUGGCGUCCAGAUGUUCACGCGAAACGUUUAGAAGUCUGGGUUGGCGAUCUUUCCAAGCCCCAACUCGGUCUUGGAGAGACCGAAUGGCAGCAAAUCAGAGGACAAGUGGAGCCCUCACAGCGAAUUGAUGCCAUCAUCCACAAUGGUGCAGCUGUCCACUGGGUAGCAGACUAUGCAAGCCUUAAACAAACCAACGUCUCCAGCGUCGUUUCUCUACUUGGUUCUUUGGCACAAACCUCUAGAGCACCGUCACCACGCUUCACCUUUGUUUCUGGUGGUGAAGUAUCUUUGGACGAGGAGGCGGACACUGAUGAAUCAGAAAUCGUUGAGUCGAUGGGAAUGGCAACAGGAUAUGCUCAGACCAAGUUCGUGGCUGAUGAAAUCGUAAGGCGAUUUUCCAAGAAAUAUCCAACUGCAUUCUCGUCAAUUGUGAAGCCUGGGUUGAUCAUCGGAACUGCUGAAUCGGGAGUUUCGAAUGCGGAUGACUUUUUCUGGCGCGUGGUGGCAACCGCCGUCGAUAUUCAAGGAUACAAUGCUGAAGAACCAGAGGCUACUAUUUUGCUGGCUGGUGCGCAACAAGUUGCAUCUGCAGUUCUUGACACGGCCUUGGCGAGCGAUAUACCUCCGAUCGAAAUCCUUGUUAGCCAUGGAGUCACCACACGGGACCUAUGGGGCAUAUUGAGCGAAGAAUUUGGAUAUCCAAUGCAACCAAUGAGCCCAGAUGCAUGGCUAGAAAAGAUGAAAGCAAACGUACACGCUACAGGUGAGCAGCAUCGUCUAUGGCCCGUUCUACACUUCCUCGAGGCAACUGGAGGCUAUCUUGGUCGCCAAUUGCCCGCACAUUUGGAACAAAGCAAGGAUCAAAUGGAAGAAGUCAAAGCAUCACUACGGAGCAGUAUCAGCUAUAUGCGUCGGAUAGGAUAUUUCGCUUCUGAUUCCAAAGCGGGGGGCAAGCCUGCUGAGUCUGGGUUUACUCGGUCUAUCAACACGACCACAAAUGGGGUUUCUUCGUUUUCGUGA